AUGUUUAUUACUAACCUUAUAGUUCAAACAUCCCCAUGUAAAACACAAGUUGCAGGUACAUCAACAUCACAGACACGUACAACACUAAAACACCAUUGCCCACAUCACAGUAAGAAGGAGAUAGAAUAUUAUUGUCAAACUUGUAGAUUAGGAUUGUGUUCUAAAUGUAUUUACAAAAAUCAUAACGAUCACAAAACAUUAGAUUUAGAAUAUGAUUUUACUAGAGAAAUGGUGGUCGAAGAACUUGCAAAAUCCGAACAAUUUAUUACAAACAAAAUUGAAGACCGAGAAAAAAUUCAUACGAGAUUGUUAGAAACAUCUGAAAAACUCAAACUUUUUUGUGAUGAAGCCUGUGCCAAAAAAUGUAAAAAUAAACGAAAAGAUAUCAAACAAAAUUUUGGGAGGAAUGAAUCAAAACUAACAGAAGCCCGACAGAAAGUUAUGAAAGAGAUAAAUGAUAUCAAGACUGAUUUGGGUACAUCCUGUCCUAUUAAUCAAGAACCGUCUUUGAAUCUUAUAUAUUCACUGACUAAACUCCAAGAAUUACAGAAACUCUGUGGAAACAUGAAGACUGAUAUUCCUCCAGUGACGUAUGAAGAAUGGAGACAGGGGGGUGUUAAUAUUUGUGAUUUAUUGGGAUCAACUGUAACUAAACCACUAUAUCAAUCUUUUGAGAAAACUGUAUUUAAAUUUAACUGUCAAGAUAUUAAGAAUGUUGAGGUUCUGUACUCUGAAGAUAAACAUGAAAUCAACGGUAUGGUAUCGGGCUGUAGUGUAAGGAAAGUGAACGAUAGAUAUGUAUAUAUUGAUAUUGGGUCACUUAAAGAAAAUAAUCCCCAAGCUGGCCAUUGGGAAAUAAGAUAUACUGUAACAAUUCUCAAUAAAGAUGAAGAUAAGAAAGUGAUCAGUGAAACGAAAACAGAGAUAUUUUCAUCGGGGUUUUUAUUUUGGAGAAGUGAAAUACAACUACCAUGGGAUACACUAACUGAUCCAUCAGAAGGAUUCAUUAAUAAUGAAGGACAGUUUUAUGUAGGAUUUGAUCAGUUCUAA